AUGCUUUUUGUUGUUAAGAGAGAUCCUGUUUUUAAACGAAAGAAAGCAGUUUCUGAACGCAUAUCACCAGAAUAAAAAAGUAUUUCUUUGUUGUCUAAUGGUUAGAAUUGAUGGAUGACUAUCAAAUUUUUUCUUAUCUCAAGAAUGAAAGAAAUAAUCAUCCAGCUUCAUUUCAUGUAACAUCACUUCAUUAAGUACCUUUUACUCAAAGAUCUUAGAAAUUGAUCACUUAGACAAUCUAAGAGGAAAAUGGGAAAAAAUAGAAAAGUGUUGAUAACAACUAAUAAAUCAAAAAGAAAAAAAAGAGCUAUUUUUAAAUAAAAUUAGAAAGAUAUCAAAAAGAAGUAUAAGAGUAGCAAUCCAAAAGAAAAUAAGAGUUAUUGAUAAAAUCAAAAAAUCUCUUAAAAAAAGAUUUAGAAGACAUAGAGAAAAUGACUAUUAAAGGAGUUAGAGAAUUUGAGGAAAGAUGCAAUUUAUAUAGUAAAUAUUAUUCAGAAGAAUUAUUAACACCAACUGGAGUGUAAUCUUAAUUUAUUAUUGAGAUAGAAGACAAGAGGACUUGAAUCUACCUAUAUAGAAAUAUUCAACAAUUGAAAACUAGAAUAAAUACAAAGUAUUGCUUAAAAAUGACCCAAUUCCUCAACCAAGAUUUACAUCAGAAUAAGUAUUUGAUUAAUACUAUAGUAAUCCUGAUAAAAUCAAGUUGAUUAGUUAAUAAUUGCAUAAAUUAAAUAUCAAAGUAAAUUGAAUAAUUAAUUUUACAAAGUUAAUUAAAAGACCAAAUGAAUAAGAGAAUCAACUUUUUGAUGCCAUAAUAAAUAAUGAUAGUUUUAUAGUAAAUAAAUUACUUAUGGAGAAUAAAAACUUAAUAAAUAUUAGAAAUAGAGUAUUGAUAAAUAUAAAAAUUAAAGAUAUAAGAAACACCUUUGCAUUUGGCAUGUAAAAGAAAUCUUAAAGAGAUUGUUGAAUUAUUACUAAAAUAUUAGGCAGAUGAAUCAUUAAAAGAUUUAUGGGGACAAACUCCUAGAUAACUGGCUUUAAAAUUAAGACAUCUAGAUAUUUUGAAGAUUUUAUCUUAUUAAUGA